ACGUCUUUCAACCUAACUUAAACAGAGCAGCAUGUAGUGCUAAUAGAUAUCAGCCUAUUAUUUUUGAGACAAUUGGAUACAGUGACUGCACCUUUCAAAAAUCAUUUUGCAACAGUCUAGGUCAGGUGACGUAUGAAAACGGCGACACUACGAUCGACGGACAAUGUAUUUGUAAUAAUGAUAGAGGAUACAUUUUAGUCAUGAACUCAAAAAACCUAUGUUACUGCAAUCCUUCAACUGAAGAUUGCUCCUGCUCUCUCGGAAUAAAUCCGUACAACCAAACGGUUGGACUGGAAGAUAUCAAAUGUUAUGAUGACAUAAAAAUGUCAAGAAGUCUUUACACAGAAGAUAUAUUAAAUGUAUCACGGACAAUAAAGAUCAUUGAGUUUGACAACUUCAAAUACAACAUAAACCAUCUUCCGACCAAUGAAUAUCGAAUUGAAGCAGUUAAAUCGGUUUUCCUGUUGUCAUUAGCAUACGAAACUGAACCAAACAAAGAAGAAGCAUUCGUUCAGGAUCAAUCAUCUGUCAAAACCAACCUUCCUGUUUCUGUCAUUUUGCGUCAACAGUUAAAUAUCAAAAAGUCAAAGAAUAAAAGUCUGGCCAUUACUAGCUGUAUCAAAACAGGCAAUACAUUAGUGUUUACCGACUUUUAUAAUUACCGACUUAUUAUUUGUAAUUCAGACGGUACUGAUAUCCAUCACAUUUCUCUGUCCUAUACACCAUAUUAUAUGACAGUGGUAAAUAGUAACACUGUAGCAGUAUCCUGUACACCUGACAAAACCAUACUGAUAAUAAAUAUAUCUACAGGUUCUGUCACCAGUACAAUCAACAUCCGUGGUGACUGCUACGGAAUAUCAUAUAAUGAUAAUAACCUGUACGUUGUUAUUGGUAGGAGUAUAAUACAUGUGAUGGACCUGACAGGUAAAGUAAUACGUACUAUACCUUUACCUUCACACCGUAUUUUCGACAUUACAGUAGACAGAAACAGGUUGGUUUGUAUAGACGAGACAUCAAUAUACAACUGCUCGUUUUAUGGAACACCAAUUUGGAAGUUUAAAAAGGAUACAUUUAAAGAUUUACGUCGUGUGACAACAGAUAAUGAGGGGAAUGUAUAUGUGGCUAAUUAUAACACGAACACUGUAGUAGUUGUAUCAGAUGAUGGUCAACAUCACAAAGAAAUUCUUACUAAAUCAGAUGGAUUGAACAAGUCGUGGGGAAUUUAUUUUGACAAAAAAGAUAAAAUUCUGCUUGUAAGUAAUGAUUUUGAUGCUUCUAUGUUUGACGUAAGAAAGAACGAAAAUAAACAUGAAUAAUUCUUUCAGACAAUGAGUUCAUUCGGACUCGGAUCUGUUUGUGUAUUUAGUCAUUCAAAAUAACUUUUAUUUAUUUUUGUUUUCUUUACUAUCUAUCUAACUUAAUUGAAAACAAAAUUACAGAAAGAUUAUAAUUGUUUUUGAAAAAUGUAACUUGAAUUUUCCUCGGCUUUUGUAUUUCAUUAAUGUUGUUCGAAUAUUACUUUUACGCAUUUUUUCAAACAUUGAAACAUUCAUUUGUUCCAUAAAUAUUUCAAUAUGGAAAAUAAAAAAAAUAAGAAAUCCGAAUAAGAAAAACUGUUCUUGUUUGGAAUUUAUUUUAACAAACAAGAAAAUAUUCUGCAUGUUUGUAAUAUAAAUGAAGGAAAUGUUGUAAUAUAAAUGACGGAAAGGUUGUUAUAUGAAUGACGGAAAGGUUAACUUUUUGUACGUAAAAACGAAACAAACAUAAAUGAACAUUAAUAAGUUUAUUCGAAUUCAGAGUUGUUUUUAUACGCCCGUCAAAAUUUUGACGGGACGUAUUAUGGUACACAAAUGUCGUCUGUCCGUCUGUCUGUCCGGCGUACUGCGCGUAAACAUGUCGCACCGUAACUUGAGAACGACUUAUCCAAAUUUCAUGAAACUUAACAUAGUUGUUUCUUAUGAUGGUCAAACGAUCUGUAUACUUUUUGGUGAAAAUAAGAUUAAAACGUUUUGAGUUUCGGGACUUAGUAACUAAAACAGGUGUAUGUUUUUUUUUCACAUGUCGUGCCGUAUCUCAAAAACAAUUUAUGAUUAUUGCUUAAAACUUUACACACUUUUUAGUAAUAUUAAUCUUAAGAUCUGUAUACUUUUUGGUGCUGAUUCAAAAUUUUAUUUUUGAGUUAUUGAGUAUUUUGUAAAAUAAGGGGGAGGGGUUUUUUACAUGUCGCGCCGUAUCUCAAAACGAUUUAUGAUUAUUGCUUACAAUUUUACACACUUCUUAGUCAUAUUAAUCUAAAGAUCUGUAUAGUUUUUGGUUUUGAUUCAAAGUUUUGUUUUAGAGAUAUUGGUUUUUUUUUUUAAAGGGGGAUUUCACUUGUCGCGCCGUUUCUCAAAAACGAUUUAUGAUUUUUGUUUAAAAUUUUACACACUUCUUAGUUAUAGUAAUCUAAAGAUCUGUAUGCUUUUUGGUUUUGAUUCAAAAUUUUAUUUUAGAGAUAUUGAGUUUUUUGUAAAAAAAAAAGGGGGAGGGGGGUUCGCAUGUCGCGCCGUAUGUCAGAAACUAUUUAUGAUUAUUGCAUAAAAAUUCACACACAAGACGACGGGCGUAUCAUGCGUUCAAGGCGCAUAGUUAUUGCAUUGAGUAAUUCGAAAUGGAUUGUAUGUAUUUGUGUGUUAUCUACCGAAUACAAAUUACAAUUAAUCAAUUAUGAUUUAUUUUAUGGAAUUACUACAAUGAUUUCUAAAAAGUUCAAUAUAAGAUAUAAAUUAGUAAAUUUUGGCCCAAAAUGAUCUAAAUAUGAUCACCGCUUAAAUUUAAUUUGCGACAACAAAACAACUCUUUCACUAAACAUUUUAUUUCUGCAAAUUUGUUGGUUAGGUCAACAAUGACAUCAAAAGCACUAUUUUGUGUCAGAGUAGGGCUACUUUUACGUUUUAAAUUAGAGGGAGUGAAUUGGUGGUCUGACACCUAUAUAUAUGUGAAAUUUCAGAGAAAGUUUGCUUAGGCUAAAGACAUGUUGUUCUUGGUUUAUUUCUUUUUGCCGGUUGGGUUGUGAUGGUUAAAACUGAAAAUAUAUUUCAGAGCAUCUUUUUGAAACCCAUUUGCACAUAAUUAACUUGCCUCGUUCAGAACUUUAUUUCAUGUGUUUUAUGCUUUUUAUGUAAUAAUAAUUUUUGCAUUGUAACCUGUGGGGAUUUGACUUUUUACAAUAAAGAUUAUUCUUUGAA